CCUCGUCUCGCAUCAGGGAGAUAAUCGCCUGUAUCGGCGCACCGUUGUUCGCAGAGCCCUCCUAUCUCCUCUCUACCACCCCAGCACAUCACACUGACUGAUCCAGAAUCAGCAGCUGCUGCUCCUCUCCCCUCUCUUCUUAUAAGCAGCGCGACACCGCGCAGAGCUCCAGCCGCGCUCUCUCCACUUCGGGAUGGACUUGUCUUGGUCUCCUUCUGCGCAUCGCUGUCUCCGUCUGUAGUUCAGCGGGAGUUUUCGGCAGGAGGGAGCAAGCGCUGGUCUUUGCUUUGCUUAAUUUAAAUUUUUUUUUUUUUUUUUUACCUGAACGGCCACUGCACAAUCAUUUCCGAGCGGCAGUUCAGAAAUGGGAAUGUAUUUGCAUCUCCUGCUCUUGCAGGGUUAUUUUGUCUCGAAUUUUUUGUGCAAUGCCGUUGCUUUCGUGGAGGAGCCCGCCGGAGGGAGGUCGGACGGGUACUGCGGGCGGAUCCUCCGGGCGCAGACGCAGGGGACCCGGCGGGAAGGGCACCACGAGUUCAGGAUCAGGGUGGAGGGGGACCCGGAGACCUACCUGCCGGGCAGCACAUACAGAGUGGUGCUUCUAGCCAGCAGCCCUGCUUAUUUCAGAGGCUUUACUCUCAUCGCGCUGAAGGAGGGCAGAGAGGGCACCACAGACGAAGACUUCGCUGGCCAAUUCCAGAUCAUCGAUAACGAYGACACCCAGUUCAUGACCAACUGUCCUCCUGCGGUGACAGAGAGCACACCGCGCAGAAGAACCAGGAUACAGGUCUUGUGGACCGCACCACCCAGUGGUACUGGGUGUGUUAUUCUCAAGGCCAGUAUUGUCCAGAAAAGAGUCAUCUUUUUCCAGGAUCAAGGCUCUCUCACCAUUCGACUGUGUGAGAAAGAGCGUGUUCCCGGUGAAGUCACAGAAGUACCUGCAAUCGAAUGCUGUGCUUGUGGAACUGCUAAAUAUAGACUUACCUUCUACGGCAACUGGUCAGAAAAAGUACAUCCAAAAGAUUAUCCAAGACGUGCCAACCACUGGUCUGCCCUGAUUGGUGCAUCCCACUCCAGGAGUUAUGUGCUGUGGGAAUACGGCGGCUAUGCCAGCGAAGGAGUUCGACAGGUGGCUGAACUCGGCUCCCCCAUCAAGAUGGAAGAAGAGAUUCGACAGAAGGGUGAUGAAGUGCUGACCGUCAUUAAAACCAAAGCUCAGUGGCCAGCAUGGCAGCCACUUAACCUGCGAGCUGCUCCSUCGGCWGAGUUUUCUGUGGAUCAGAACCGGCACCUUAUGUCCUUCCUGACUAUGCUCGGGCCCAGUCCAGACUGGAACGUGGGGCUGUCCGGAGAGGACCUUUGUACCAAGGASUGUGGCUGGGUCCAGAGACUUGUCGCAGACCUCAUACCGUGGGAUGCAGGCACAGACAGCGGUGUCACAUAUGAGUCACCAAACAAGCCCACUGUCCCUCAGGAGAAAAUCCGGCCUCUGACCAGCCUGGAUCAUCCUCAGAGCCCCUUCUAUGACCCAGAAGGGGGCGCAAUUACUCCGGUGGCUCGGGUAAUGGUGGAACGUAUUGCUAGAAAGGGAGAACAGUGUAAUGUGGUGCCAGACACCAUCGACGACAUAGUAGCCGAUAUUGGACAGGAGGAGAAGGAGGAAGACGACACACCGGAGACGUGUAUCUAUUCUGCCUGGUCUCCCUGGUCAGCCUGUAGCAGCGCCACCUGUGACAAAGGUCGCCGAAUGAGGCAGAGGAUGCUAAAGGCUCAGCUGGAUCUCAGCGUACCUUGCCCUCACACCCAGGACUUCCAGCCCUGCAUGGCGCCGGGAUGCAAUAUGGAGGAGCCUUCAACGUGCAUGAUGUCGGAGUGGAUCAGCUGGUCCGCUUGCAGUGUUUCCUGUGGGAUGGGGAUGAGGUCCAGAGAGCGAUACGUCAAACAGUAUCCUGAGGACGGUUCGCUCUGUCAGCUUCAAACUGAGGAGACUGAGAAAUGUGUUGUCAACGACGAAUGCUCUCCCAGCAGCUGUGUGGUGACAGAGUGGGGAGAGUGGGACCCCUGCAGCAUCACCUGCGGUGUUGGCAUGAGAAGACGUGAGCGCAUGGUGAAGAUGCCCCCUAUAGACGGAUCCAUGUGUAAAACCGAGGUGGCCGAGGUGGAGAAGUGCAUGAUGCCAGAAUGCCACACUAUCCCCUGCAUGCUGUCCCCCUGGUCGGAUUGGAGUGAGUGCAGUGUGACAUGCGGCCGGGGAGUUCGAAACCGUCAGAGGAUGCUGAAGUCGGAUCCUGCUGAGUGCACCGAGGAGCUGGAGCAAACCGAGAAAUGCAUGUUGCCUGAAUGCCCGGUGGACUGCAUGGUCUCAGAAUGGUCGGAGUGGUCGGAGUGCAACAAGUCCUGCGGUAAAGGACACACGAUUCGCACUCGAAUGAUCAAACUUGAGCCGCAGUUCGGGGGCAGCUCUUGUCCCGAGACCAUCCAGCGGAAGAAAUGCAAGAUCAGGAAGUGCCGCACAAAAGGGGGAGGCAGAAGCAAGGCCAAGGAAUUGGGUGCAGCGGGUUGCCGUAUGCAGCCAUGGACCAGCUGGACUGACUGCACUAAACCCUGCGGAGGAGGCUUACAGGAGCGCUUCAGGACGGCAAAGAGAAGGGGAAAGGGCAACUGCAAGGACCGGAGGGAGAUCCGGGCCUGUAACAAUGAUUCCUGCUACUACUGAGCAGGGAGGAAAGGAGUGUCGCAAACAUCAGAAAUGUCAAAAUUUAAUAAGAAACGUGUUCUGUGUUGGCAGAAGGGAAGAGAGGGCGAUGAUAAUGGGUUAGUUUCAAACUUUAAAAACAGGAGAGACGGGCAAAGGAGGAAGCAAGUGAUGAACUCAGAAGAUGGAAAACAGAGUACAGAAAGAGAAGGUUUGAUGUUUAGUGAAGCUGUUGUAGAAAUUAGUAAACAGGGAGGGUUUUCAUUUUAGAACACAAAGAAAGUAUUAAACACUAACAUCUGUGUCCUGCAAAAAUGCUUUCAGAGAACUAACAGCUUUGUUAACCUCAGCAUUACCAACUCACACAACCCUCCCACUGUCUGCAGUAUUGGUUUUAAAUUAUUCAAUCAUGGUUAAAAAAAAAAAAAGAAAAGAAAGAAAAGACGCCCUUUUUCAAAUGUUUUAGCAAAGUAUAACAAAGAUGAUUUGGUCUUUACAACAUUUUGAAGUCUAACCUUGAGUGUAAAAACACGUUAUAGCCUGUGCUUUCUUUUCAACAAAGAUGAAGCCAAAYGGAGGAAGCUUCAUUUGAAAAACUAAGUACUCACAUAAUCCAAUAGCUUGUAGAAGCACGUUUAGCUGCAGUGACUCUCGGUAGUAAUUUGUCUGACUUUAUCACUUCAUUGUGAAKGAUUUUUGGGCCUCUUGUCUUUCAGCAUUGUAUCAAACUGAGGUUUGUAGACAUUCGGUUCUGAAACAUCUCUUUUAAGGUCCAACCAAAGCAUCUGAACUAUGUUGACGUCUAGACUAGUUCACAAACCUAUAGCAUGAUGCCAUUUUAUUUUUAGGCAAAGGAGGAUUUGCUCAGUAACUCUUUGUAAAACUCUAUACUUGUUUAGAAUUUUUCUAAUUAUUCUUUAACUGAAUUUGACUUGUAACUGAGAUGAUCGUGAAGUUUCUGUCACUUCGCAAAGCACUGCAGAGUGUGUUGUUGGGCCACUGUCUCUGGGAUGUCCACCCCUCGCUAGAUUAUCUCUCUUAAAUGUUUUCCAACUGUAAGUAAUUGUUGUAACUCUAGAAUGACGGACUCAACUAAUAUAAAAAUGGCAUUUUAACUGUUCCUAUCAUGGCAGGCAUCAACAAUUGCUACUYAGAAAAUGUAUGUUGUUAAACCCCAGAGGAGCAAUCUGUCAAAACUCCUGAAUUUAUAGUAAGUUAUCACGCCGAUGACUCAUUUAUCAAGUAAAUCUGAUGUUUAUUUUAUCACACAUAUUCCUUUUGGCUUCACAUUUGUGCAGUAAUURAUAGUCUAGAGUGAAUUGUGUGCUUGUACACUUGAAGUUAGAUUUACAUAAUUGUAGAAGCUGUUAAAGGCCCGAUCAGUUCUGUUAUGUUUUGUCCUAGAACUGAAAGGCGGAAACACUUUUGUUUUUACCAUGCUUGUAGUUCAAGUUUAAAAUGUAACUSCAGACAUUUGAGAUUUUWAUUAAUGAUUUCCAUCUGUUUUCUUGUCCAAAAAUAUUAUCAGGCUGCCACAGUUUAUCACGUACUAAACAAAAACAUCACUUAUAAAUAUCAGUAAUACCAAUAUGCAAACAUUUAAAUUCAAAUUUGUUCUAUGCAUAAAAUUUGUCUUUGAAAUUUUCUUUUGAGAUUUAAACAAAAACUUGGAUUUGUACUUUAAAUCAAUGAAAGGUAAGUUUAACGACAGAACAGAUCGCUUAACGGCCGCAUCUGCUCUAGUUAGUUCUAAAAAGAAAAAUUAGAUGGGAUCCUAGGAGAGUCGCCCUGAGCUGAUCUGCUGUUCACAAAAACCCCUUUUACAUUUUUGUAGUCAUUAUUUAGUACUAGAUAAUACACAGCAUAUGUAACACUAUUGGUGUGAUUUUACGUGUGAAAUCUACAGCAUCAACUUGCUCCACUUUUUCUUUUUUUUUUCUCAAUAUAAACUAAACAUAUGAGAAAACUGGAAGCAGCCAGUUUGCUUAGUUGCAAUGGAAAAACAAAACAGCUGCUGGUAGAAGUUUCAUGUAUACUACACUACGAGAAGAAGUAUGAUUCAAACUUUUCCAUCUAACUUACAAUGGAGAAGGACAGUAGAUAAAACUGACUCCCAAGUUACCAAACGUUUCAUUUCAAAUGCGAUAUCCCUGGUUUAGUGUGCUUURAAAAGUAUAAAAGUAAUUUAGUUGUCAAAAGAGGAUUGUUAUUCUUCCUUACAAUCAUGUAUUUUUAUAAUUUAUUAUCAACAGCUUUUACUUUUCAUCUCCAAAAGCAUAAGGCUAUGUUGAUUUUUUUUUUAAAAUGGAAAUGGGGCUUUUUGCAGGACACAGAUGUUUAAACAGGAAAUCUUUUAGGGCUUCAAAAUGUACUGUAAAUCUAUCUAACCACACUUAUAAAAGACACUGCUAGGUAAUUACUAAAACCGCUUUCUCUAAUAAACAAAUACUUUAUGUGGAAAUGUUUUAUACUGUUCAGAUUAGUUCUUUAUAUACUGUACUGCUGUUUAUCUGUUUCAGCUGAUGUAGCAUUUAAAGCUGCGGUAACUUUGAUUUAGCAUGUGCAAUUUUUUUUUGUUUUCGGUAGUAUGCUUUUCCAGGUGUACUUAUUGCCACAGAACAGAUAGUUUAAUGGCCGCAUCUGCUUUAGUUAGUUCUGAAAGGAAAAAAUUAGAURGGGUCCUAGUAGAGUCACACUGAGCUGAUCUGCUGCUUUGAUCUGGAAGUUGUAAGACUUUUCAAACAUAUGGCACAGCUCUCCAUGCAGGCAGUCACUAUCUGAGCUUUUUGCUAGAAGAUUUUGUCGUAUAUAGUUUUUAUGUUGCUUACUUUCUUUUUUGUUUUUGUACUUUUUUUUUGUAUUUGUCAGCAGGUUAGUUUUCUGUUUAAAUAAAAAACAUCACCAAAGUUAGAUUUCUGUAGCUACUUUCUUUAAAUUCUGCUUAUUUAGUUGCUUUUGCUCUUUUUUUUUGUUCAUUUCUGUGUCACAUAAGUGUUUUGUAACAAACCGCCUUUACAAUAAAAGUGUAAAUGUGAA